UCACAGACAUUAGUUUCCGCUCCUUAACAGUGACAGCAGAGUUAGCUACACCGCCGGACUCAUCCGCUUGUGGUGGAACAGGUGGUCACAGUGGGCUUUUACCCACGUCAGACGUGUAUUCAUCAACCUGGACAUACUGGAGGAUACAGCCCAAACUUUCUAACGGUGAGGACUCUACAACAGCAGGAUGCUGCUUGGAGGCGCUCAGAAAAGAGAUUCAAGCACCAGUGAGCUGUUCAAUUCUCUGAAGGUGUAUCUGAACAACAAGGACAGAAUACAGCCAUUUAUUGGCUUGAGCAGUAUAAUAGAAUGUGUGAAGACAGGGACACGUAAAACGCAAGUAUUCUACCUGUGUGAGGUGUGCUUGUGUCGACUCAACAAAGCUGAUAUGCGAUGCCACAUCCUCGGAAGUCUCCACAGAUACAACUACAUUAAAACCUGGCACCCUCACUUCGUGUCUGAGUGGAAGGGGAACCCCAACCUGUCAGAGCUGGCCUGGCCACUGAUGGAGAUCGCCAAGAAAAUAGAAGAAAAAGAGGGAACAGGGUGUAUCCAGGUGUUAGAGUUUGAAGAGGAUUUGUACCAAACACUGGAAAUGCAAAGUGGUGACAAUGCAAUAACUUUGAUAAAUUCAUGGCAUUUGACGCGGAGUGAACCUGACAAUGAUUGUGACCAGCUGGAAAACAACUCCACACCUCAACAGAGGACUGUCUUGUUUUCCGAGAGUCCUCAGAGGCAACCUGAAGGGCACACUGACGAUGGCUUGAAAUUCUUUAACACACAUAGAUUAUAUCAGGCCUCUGCAGACAAUAACAGUCCUUUAAUACAAGAAUCUGUAUAUGCCCCUUUUAAGCAAUACUGGUCACAAAGUCACAAUGAAUCACAAAAUAUCCAGACCUCACCUGAGCCAUCGGAGAACAACAGCUUUCUAGAUGACUACACAGGACCAAAGCCUCUCAUUGGUCUUGAGAAUGUGGUUGAGUGUAGAAGUGAAGACGGCCGCACAUACUGUUUCUUAUGUCACUGGUGCUGUGUCAGAGCCAACAAAUAUGACAUCAUCGAUCACCUGACCUGCUCCUCCCAUCUCUUCAACAUCUUGAUGGAAACUCAUCCUGAGCAGGUGGAGCUCUUGUCAGCAGAUAUUAAUGACAAUUAUCAGCUUCUUCAGUCACUGGCCAUGGAAGUGGAGCAUAAUGAGGGCAGAAGAGAGCUCAAGGUGUUAAAGGUCCCAGAGUCCCUCUGUAGUCUCAUGACUGGCAGAAGUUACCAUUGGUGGCUGAAUGUGAUCCAGAACUAUGAUGCAGGCUUUCCAGAGAAACAGGAGCCGGUGCAGUCAAAAUGGGCGAAGAGGAGGAAGAAGAAGAAGAGCAAAGUGUCUGAUACCGUGUUUAAGGUAACCCUGCCUCUUGUCCGAGGCUCAUUGCUGAUGAGGAGGACAUCUUUCAGUGGAGACGGCCAGCUGGUGUCCCCAACAUACUGGCCUCCAGCAGAUGCAGGUGUACAUACCUCACCAGAAUUGGAGGACUUGGAGCUGGACUGUUACUCUAAUUCAGAUAGCUUUAAUUACUCAGAGAACACUUUAAUGGAUGCAAACUCACAAUUUCAACCAAAUGAUUGCAGUGAAAGUGCAGAUCAAGAUGUUGAACAACAGGUGGAUGGCUGCUUCAUUGACACUGACUGCAUUAAACGAACUGAAGACCUAAAAGUAACUGUUUAUGUGGAAGGAAAUGCUGAGACACAGUGUUGUCCCAGUGCAUAUGAAGUGGGACACAGUGCAGCCCAAGAAGAACAAAAUGAUGAAACCUCACACAAACCCGUCUGGGCUUCUUCCAACUUCUACCUGUGUGGAGGUGACUACACCAACCACUGGUAUAGUUCACCUCAUCACAAUGAAGUUGGUGCAAAAAGCAUAAUGGAGACGAGCUCAGAAGCUCCUCAACAUCAUCAUCAACAGUUCCAAAAUCAGGAUAUGGUCCAAGAUCGUCCAAGUCAGUUUACAGCCAACAUGGGCCACCAUUUCGUAUCUGGGGGACUAGCUCCUAAUUUUGAUGUUGGCAUGAACACAUAUCCUCACUUUGGACACCCCUCUGCGCACUGCAGCAGCAUCACACCAGAGCAAGUACAGUUUCCUCACAUCGACCAGACAAAAUUACACAAAUAUGAAUACAUGCCGCUUUAUUUUGGCCAUGCCCAGACACAUUCCAUGGACUGUCAAGGGGUGACAUAUGACCCCAACUGCAAUACUCACAAUGGGACAACCCCACAGUCUCAGAAGCACUAGAUGGGAGGCAGUCCAGUCAUACAAGCCCACUCUAGUGUCCAAUGAUGUGGAUUUGUCAGGUGAGAUUUCAGGCAGUGCACAAGAAACAGCUCCAUUUAAGUGUACAGUUUCCAAUUUUACAUGUUUGCUUUCUGUAGAGCUGUCAGACAGAAUGUUUUAAGAAUUUGUUUUUUGUUCUUCAGAAAUGGGGGUCUCUUCAAGGGGAAACCUAUAUGUGGUACUUUUCAUCUUUCCAUCUUCACUUUUUAAGCUUUGUGAUUACAAAUGCCAUAAUUACCUUUCAGCAUAUUGUAUUUCAAGUAGUCUAGCAGUAAUUCAGACUCAUGCACCUCCUCUUUUCACACAGCACAAAAUGUAGCCUAUGAUGGUAGAUUUUACACACUGUGUCCAGACUCCCUUCUGCAGACACUUAAUACUUCAGAGACACACCCUCAAGAUCUGUUUGGCAUCUUUUGGUGAGUCUUCCUACUGCAGCUUAAAAAGUAGUGUUUUUUCACGUUUUAUUCUUUAUAUACAUUAUGUAUGGAUAUACAUGUCUGAUAUUGGACACAUUGAGGAAACUCACAAAUGAAAAGCAUUUGCAUCCACAGUUCAAGUGUUGAGGUUCAGUCUAAUAGUUGUAGAAUCUGGUCCAUAGUUCCAUCCAUAGUUCAGGGGAGUAUGAGAUUCAGUCUCAAAGUUGUAGUAUCUGGUCUGCGAAAAAAAAAAAAUAAAUAAAUAAAAAAAUUUUUUAAACUCUUUGUCAUACCAAGCUGUGCAAGCAGCUUUUCAGAUAAGAUAAUUUAGUUUUUUAAGUAUUCUGUGCUACUACUUGUUCUUUUUUGUACAGUGAUGCCUGUCAGGCUGCAUUUGUCACAAGCUCAUGCCUGAAAAAUUUUGAUAACUUUAAUUAUUUUCAGGUCUUAAAUGUUAUUAUUUUAUAUUUGUACUUGAUCUGCUUUACUUUUGAAAAGGAAAGGUCAGACCUGGUUAUAUUUACGUACUGACAAAGUGAAAUGGACUGUUACCCUUGAAUAUGUUUAUAAUAAAUUGAUU